GAAGAUUCUGAAGAAGGGGUUCAGUUUGUAUCUGCAAACUUGGGCGACCGAAGCCGAACAACAUCGUAAGCGGAAAGAACAAAUGAUGAAUGAUGUGCGUGUGCAGAAGGAAGCUCUCAAGAUGCUGUCUAAAGAAGCACGCGAGGGGACCGAGACCGCCAAAACACUCUUUGAGCAGACUAUGGCCAAGCACGUGGCUGUCUUCAAGGUGACGGCCAAGGAAUUCACACAGG